AUGUCCAUCACAGCUGAGUACACGGCGUACUAUGCGACAUUCAAUAGCCUUCUCGUGCUCGGAUUUAUUGCUGUUGUCUCGGGCCUUUGGCCUGUUGGCCAUACAGCGCACCAGUCCCUCGAUUGCGCGAGCUACCAGGUCAUAUUUCAAGUGCGCUGCACGUCAGCGACGAUCGCGAUUGGCAGUAACGCGCGGUAUCUAACACCUGUGGUCAUCGUACUUAUCUGCAACGCCGCGUGCUUUCUCAGCACGCGCUGGUCGCUGCGCAAGCUCAAGGAGCCCUUGACCGACUCACUCUUCUUCUCGAGAGGCGCCAAACACUUGUACGUUCACGACCGGCACACAUACCAAGGUGUCUACUACCUCGACCGAUCUUUCGGCGUCCUCACGGGCCUCCUCGCUGCGUUUCCGAGGUCGCUUGUACCUAUUUGA